AUGGCCUCAUCAGCCCACCAGCCGUUCGGCUCGCGCUCAUACGGAGGCGGCAAAUUACCCGAUCGAUCCGUGAACGCAAAUGCGAUCCCCUUCAGCGCGUCGUCCUUCUCUCGGCAUCGCGGCCUGGGAGCGACAGGGCCCGGCGAAUUUGGCGCAGAGGGCGCGAAAUCAACACAGCAGGCCCCGCCUCAGCCUCCCGUGCAUUCGCAGACACACGGGCCCUCGCAGGACUCGAAUCCGUUGAAUCGGCUGACGGAGGAGCAGAGGGAGGAGAUUAACGAAGCUUUUACGCUCUUCGAUCUCGACCGAGACCGACAUCUAGAUUAUCAUGAACUCCGCGUCGCGUUCCGCGCCCUCGGCUUCACGCUUUCGAAACAAGAACUCAUUUCCCUCCUCACGACCUACGGCGUCCCCCGGCCCCAAGUACAACAGCAAUCGGCGUCUCAGGCAGCGCAGCAUCAGGCGCAGUCGAAGACGACGCCGGCCACCAACCCCCAGCAUCCUUCCAACCUCCUCAUGCCGCUGUCGGCCUUUCAGGCCGUGACGGCCGUUAAGAUUCUGGAGCGGGAUCCGCGGGACGAGAUCCUCCGGGCGUUUGAGCUGUUUGACGAGGGCGGGAAGGGGUACAUUGAUCUUGAGGAUUUGCGGCGGGUUGCGAGGGAAUUGGGGGAGACGGGGUUGGAGGAGGAGGAGCUACGGGCGAUGAUCGAGGAGUUUGAUUUGGAAGGUGUCGGUGGUGUUACGAGGGAUGCGUUUGUGAGUAUCUGCUGGCAGUGA